GUUCCACAGGCUGUAAUCUCUGGAUCGUGAUCCUCCUGCAGAUACGUCACCAUUUAUCUGCGUCGCUUGGCUCUAAUGAGGGAGUGUCAGUUAAUUGGUUCUGAGUCCAAACCGACAUAGAUCGCAAUUGACUUGCGCUGGAUUUAAGGUUACGCAAUGGACUUGGUGGAUUCAGCAGCGGAGAAAGUUGAUCUCCAUCUCACCCUGUCCUCUGCUUCCUCUACUGUCAAACCUACAAACCUCACGUCCUCCUUCACCACCUCCUUCAAUCUCCUCUUUGGCCUUCCUCUCCACCUUCUGCCUGGCAGUUCCAACCUCAACAUCUUCCCUCCAAUGUACUGGCUCUCUCUCCUCUGUACAUGUCCAAACCAUCUCCAUCUAGCCUCUCUGACUUGGUCUCCUAAACACCUGGCAUGUGCUGUCCCUCUGAUCUACUGCUUCCUGAUCCUAUCCGUCCUGCUCACUCCAAGAGAGAAGCUCAGCAUCUCCAUCUCUGCUACCUUCAGCUCCACCAAGUCUCCAUACAACAUUCCUUGCCGACACCCUUUUGUCACACAUCACACCUGACACUUUUGUCCAAUGAUCCCAUCCAGCCUGCAAAAAAGUUUAAAAGUUUAAGAUGCACAAAUUCCCACAACUCUCCUAAGUCAAGUCUAAUAUAUACAGUUAUUUUGCACAAUGAUGAGUACGUGUAAGAAAAAUAAAAUAAAAUGAAUAAACCCCCCCCUAUAUUCAAUAUAUAUUAUUACCAAACUGAAGUGUCGAUUCUGAUAAGUGAAGUGUGUUCACAUGACUGACAUGUACUUCUCUUUUUCACCACAUGAUGUCGACAAAUCACAUGUACACUUCGGCAUUUUUACAUUACAAAUGAUAUGACGCACUUACAUUAUCCUGUUAGUCGGCAGUACAUUUUGACGCGAAUACCUUCCGUAUAUGUAUGUAUAUUUGAUUUUUGGUCCGUGUGCGCACUCGUAGUGAUGCGGGGGGUUUGUUUUGGUUCGAUGUGGGCGGGGCGUUUGUCAAAUCUUGUCGUGACACCCGCGCCGACCUCCAAGCACCGUUCUCGUCUCGUCUUCAGCUGUUUGCACCGCUCUGGCUGUUCUCAGAUCAGUCCCGAGUCACGACCUCCAAGCGACAUGCACCGUCGUGUCUUUUAACCGGAGCUCGGUGGUGUGUCGUAUGGCCGGAGCUUGCUGCAAGUGUCCGCUCUCCCUGUCCGUGUUCAAGCGCUCUCUCUCGGUGGUUCCACGGGGCUCCGCAGCCCGGCCCCCGCUCCUCCCGGGAUCCAGGCUCGGGGAGCGGGGCCUGCUGCAGGAGGCCGCUCGCCCCGCCUGUGUCCUCAGACGAGCGGGGUCCUUCAGGCACUCGACCUCCUUCUGUGUCUCCUGUCAGGACUCCAUGAGCGACAGCCUGAGGACCUGCUAUCUGUACCUGAACCAGACCAGCCGCAGCUUCGCAGCCGUUAUUCAGGCGCUGGACGGGGAGUUGAGACAUGCAGUUUGCAUUUUCUACCUGGUGCUGCGAGCGCUGGACACGGUGGAGGACGACAUGAGUAUCCCAUUGGACAAGAAGGUUCCCAUGUUGAACGACUUCCACAUGUUCCUUUACCAGGAGGAGUGGCGUUUUAGAGAGAGCCAGGAAAAAGACAGACAGGUUCUGGAAGAUUUCCCGACUAUAUCACUGGAGUUCCGGAACCUUGCUCAGGUAUACAGAGAUGUCAUAUCUGACAUCUGCCACCGCAUGGGAGUGGGCAUGGCUGAGUUUCUGGAGAAGAAAGUGGGUUCCAUGAAGGAGUGGGACCAGUAUUGCCACUACGUAGCGGGUCUUGUUGGCAUCGGACUGUCCCGCCUCUUCUCUGCGUCGCAGCUCGAGGACCCGGAGGUCGGCCGUGACUAUGAACUUGCCAACUCCAUGGGCCUUUUCCUCCAGAAGACAAACAUCAUCCGAGAUUAUCUGGAGGACACACAGCAGGGACGUGCUUUCUGGCCAAAGGAAGCUUGGAGUCAGUUUGCAGGUCGUCUGGAGGACUUGGCCCAUCCUGAGAAACUGGAGUCGGCGCUGUCCUGCUUAAACCUGCUGGUCACUGAUGCGCUGGGUCACGUCCCCGAUGUCAUCGCCUACCUGUCCCGCCUCCGCAACCAGAGCGUCUUCAACUUCUGUGCCAUUCCUCAGGUGAUGGCGAUAGCGACUUUAUCAGCGUGCUACAACAACCCGCUGGUGUUCCAGGGAGUGGUGAAGAUCCGGAAAGGCCAAGCUGUGACUCUCAUGAUGGAAGCCACCAACAUCCGAGCGGUUCAGACCAUCAUCAGCCAGUACAGUCAGGAGAUCCUACACAAGGUCUCUCUCACUGAUCCAUCCAGAGAGAAAACCCUGCACAUCCUGGCGCUGAUCCGGGAGCGUUCUGCUGUGCAGCAGUCCUCCCUCCCUUCGAAGACGCACCACCUGUCGCCCAUGUACUUGUCCGCCGCCAUGCUUCUGGCCGCCCUCAGCUGGCAGUACCUGAGCACCGCGGCCCAGACGCAGGGCGCCGGGGACAUGCAGGGCCAGUAACUGACUUGCUCCGGAGGAUUUCUCUCAGGCUGCUGCUGAACUCGGGACUCCUUAAUUGAGUAGAUACCAGCAGCAGUCCGGAGUGUUUGACUCACUGCCCCGUGGUACCCAAGAUGUGGUCGACUACUAUGGACAUCUAUGCAGACUCUGGCUGGUUCAAACCGUAUUCAUUGGACGGGAUUGUUGACACAAAGAGAAAAUGGUUUUGUGAUUACAUUUUGGGAUUUAAGAAAUAAUAAAAACAUAUUUUUCUAAUUUUGUUAAAGAAUAUGAAACAAUAACGUCACCAAAAUAGAUUUUCCUUAUUGUUGUUAUUGUGUUGAUAAUUUCGAAACACAAAUUCACCUUUAAACACAAACUUUGUUUGGUGUUUUGUAAAUGUCAAGAUUUGUUUUAUCAACAGGGUCAGUGAACGCACCAGUUUGUGGCAAGAAGAGAAAACAAGCAAAAUGCUGGGACACGAGAAAAAAAAAAUCUGUGUUUAAAGUGCACAUUAUUAAGCAGAAAAACAUUCCAUUCGUAAAUCAAAGUAAUUCAGUUUAGUUAGUCUCAUAUUUAUUGACCCUCUAUUGAACACAUUUAUAAUCGUUCGUUUAUAAAUGUUGUUUAUUAUUAUUAACAAUAUGACUGGUCCAGAUAUAUUGUUAUAAAUGAGUAAUGAUGCACUCACCCUUCAUUCCUAUUGCAGUAAUGUUAAUAAAACAAUCCUAAACAUAUAAUAAUUUAAUGUUCACCUGAUAAUCAUUAUCUUGCAUUUGCUUAUAAAAAAAUCAUCCCUGUUUUAAUGAGGUGAUAUUUACUUUCAACUAUUUUUGUAGAAGAAAAUGCUAAUAUUUAUUUGAUUACAUGCUGAAAAGAGUAGUACUGAAAUGGAGAUUGGUGGCUGGUGGUGUGUGAGAGAAACUUGCAGUCAGUUGCAACACGUUUCCUCUUGCUGCCACUUCUCUCAGCUCCAGAUGGCUGAACAGAAUAAAGUCAUGGCACAGACGUAAGUAUAGACAACGCUCGUUGUCCCGACUAGCCAAGUGUCCUUACAGCUUUGGUGAGUAGAAGAAGGCAGAGUUAACCAAAGGAGAGCGACUAUCAUUGCCAUGUAAUGUGACAUUUGUAUAUGGGAAAUAAAGGUGUUAAGAUGGUGUCUUCUUCCUGUUUACCACCUGAGUUACUGGCUUUAUAGGGCCAAGGUGCAUGUUUAAUGGUGUCAGAAGCACCUGCAGAGGUGGACAGACAUUUGAUUGUCGCAUGACUUAUGCGAUUCAUUAAACCAGCAUGUGAUUCUGUUGCUUAA